AUGUCCAUUGACACGAAAGGUUUCCCUGGAAGCGACAUGUUUCUUAUUUUUGUCACAUGCGUUGUUUCCUUGCUGUUGCUGCUCUCAUUCAUCAAACUCAUUUACUUCUCGCUUUACUGGGGUACGAACGGUUCCUGGAACGAGUUUGGAUCAGCUAACAGCUCGCAAUCUCCGCUACCUGGAAUAACUGACGAAAACAUCCCACGUCUCAGUCGUCACCCAUCUCUAAUCAGACCGGAGUAUGAUGUAGUUGUCAUAGGCUCUGGAUAUGGCGGUGGUGUUGCAGCAUCGCGGAUGGCAAGAGCUGGGAAGAGCGUCUGUUUGCUCGAGCGUGGCACCGAAAUAUGGCCUGGCGAGUUUCCCCACACGCUAAAAGCAGCUUUGCGAACGCAUCACGUCACGGACAGAUCUUUCGGCCAAAAUUGGAGCGUAGGCAACAAAUCUGGCCUCUUCCAAACGACGAAAGGUGAGGGACAAGACGUCUUCUCCGGGUGUGGAUUGGGUGGUACCAGUCUGAUCAAUGCUGGAGUGUUCCUCCGAGCAGAUGAAAGAAUUCUCAGAGGAGGAUCUUGGCCAAUUGAAUUUCGUGAGACAGACGGCAUUUUGAAUCAAUAUUAUGAAAGAGCAGAGUGGAUGCUACAACCGAGUCCAUACCCAGAAGCAAUGCUUAAGCCACGCAAGUUGUCGACUUUUGAGGCUCAAGCCAGCAAUAUCAAUCUCCAUGACUGCUUCUAUAGACCGCCGUUGACCACGAGCUUCGAACACUGUAUCAACCAUGCAGGAGUACGGAUGCGGCAAUCCUUAGGGUCGGGCAACGAAUGCACUGGAGUAAAUGACGGAUCCAAAUUCUCGGUACUUGUGACGUAUCUUGCUGAUGCCUGGAAUUGGGGCACCGAGAUCUUUUGCGGUAUUGAUGUCAAGUAUCUGCGGAGGAACAACACAGAAAAAGGGUAUGUGGUGUUUUAUGAGGUGAUGGAUGCCAGCAAGAAAAAGAAACAUGUGAUGUGGGUUCGCGCAAAAGAACUUGUGUUCCUCGGAGCAGGUGCUUUGGGCACCACUGAGAUUCUACUGCGCUCCCGCACGCACGGGCUCUCGACAUCACCCCUCCUUGGGCAAAGGAUCUCCGGUAAUGGCGAUCUUUUGGCCUUUGCUUACGAUUGCAACCGCAGUAUCAACGGCGUAGGUCGUGAAUCAAUAUCGACUCCGCUCUCAAAACAGUGUGGUCCAACGAUUACUGGUUGCAUCGACCUUAGGUGCCCCACAACGACACCGGAUGCUAAUGAUGGUUUUGUGGUUCAAGAGGGCGUGGUACCAGAAGCACUGGGUUCAGCUAUACAAGCGAUUCUUGAGACUCAGAUGUCUAGUGUCCCGUCUCCGAAGUACAAGACUUCAAGCCAAGCAAUCGCAAGGGCAAAAAGUUGGCUACUCGGUCCGUACUGCGAAGGUGGAAGUGUCAAUCGGACAGCAGUUUAUCUGAUCAUGUCCCAUGACGAGAAUGAGGGAACGCUCGGGAUAAAAGACGACAAGUUUACUUUGCAAUGGUCAGGCAUUGGUGCGGAACAAAGAUGUCGCAAGGUCAAUGAUUUGCUUGCCAGUGCGACGGCUAGUAUUGGUGGAACGCUCAUCAACAUGCCAUGCAUCACGGUUCAUCCUCUAGGAGGUGUUUGUAUGAGCAGCGACAAUACAGGUUAUGGUGGUGUAGUCAACCAGCUAGGCCAACUAUACCAAGGACAGGAUGACGAGGUAUAUAAAGGCAUCAUCUGUGUAGAUGCAUCGAUUAUCCCGACAUCACUCGCUCUUGCAGAGCGUUCUUGCGAUAUUAUCAUACGUGACCGUGAUUGGAAGGCGAAUAAUCGUGACAAUGGGAUCCUUGAUUUUGGCGGAAAGCCUCAUAUAACCUUACCGGCGUCGUCAGAUCUGCAGCUGAGAGCACAGCAAAUACAACAGGUUACUACAACGGCAGGUCUUCGUUUCGAUGAGGUGUUGCAGGGAUUUCUACGGGUUUCGGACGAUGAUCUCGAUUUCGAAACUGCAAGUAAAGUAGCGGAACAAGCGUCAAGCACGGCACAACUGUCCAUCACAGUGAGCCUACAUCGGCUCGACCAGGGCUCUUACAAAGGUUUCGCGACUGGAACACUUUCAUGCGGCGCAUUAUCACAAGAUCCGCUUCUGAUCACCCGUGGGUUGGUGAGGUUCUUUACCGCUGACGCAGGUGUGUCUGAUGCAGUUAAUUUGAUAUACGACCUAGAUCUGCUGAGCACACUUGGUAAAGCAUACUCAUUCCAGGGUUACAAGAGGAUCGACUCUAGCAUUGCAUUCUCGGCAACAAAAACGUGGAUUGCAACUACCACUCUCUACACAACGAUAACUCAGGACAAGGCCAUAGUUGCGAGAGGCAUCUUGCGAGUAACACCUCAAGCGUUGAUCAACGAGCUCCAGACCCUUCGGUGCGACCAUGAUGUCAACAUAGCACAACGUGUCUACACGAAAGUGCGCUUUCUGAGAUUCUUCGCCUCCAACAUAGCAUCCUACGUGCUUAGCCCGUUCCGGCCUCUCCAGUAUCCUACUUCUAGAGCUGAUAAGACUGGUCACUUUAUGAAGGCCAAUUCAUUCGAGACUUGGAUCACAGCUUCUGAUGGAGUACAAUUUCGCAUCAAAAUGUGGGAGCCUCUGCCGGAUGCAGGUCUCAAGAAAACACCCAUAGUCCUGAUUCCGGGCGCGUCGGUCGACGAUCAGAUCUUUUCUCUUCCUACAAUACCCAUGAACACAAUCGACUACUUCACGGUGCGAGGUUACCGCUGCUAUGUCCCAGUUCUCCGCUUUGGCAUCGGCCAUGAAGCGAAGAACGGGUGGACGGUAUUUGAUGCACGACUUGAUGUGAAGGCUGCUUUACAGUAUGUUCGGAAACAAGAGAACGAUAGGAAAGUCUAUGCAAUCGUGCACUGCCUGGGAAGCAUUGCGACGGCGACCGCACUGCUGCAUGGCGACGUGGAAGCGAGCUGGUUUUGCGGGUUGACUUGCAGUCAAGUCUUCACUGAUCUGAUUUACAGCAAAGACAAUAACUUCAAGGCGGGGCACCAAAUUUUAAUCAAGGCGUACAGGGCAAUUGCGGGAAAUUGGUUUCCCUGUCACUCCACCCCAGCAGGUCGAUGGCUCCAAUACCUCCUCGAUCAGAUGUUGCGGUUUUACCCCGUUGGUGCGGCUGGGGAAAUGUGCAACUCAUCAGUUUGCCACCGCUGCGAUGUUCCCUUUGGUCGUUGCUGGAAUCACGACAACCUCAACCAUGAGACGCAUGUUCUUCUGGGCGACUUCUUCGACGGCAUUCACAUGGACUUUCUCACGCAUCUUUCAAAAAUGGGUGUAAUGCCUUCUCAGCAUUUGCGUAGCAAUCUGCCAGAGUUCGUUGAUCUUGUUACUCCAGACAAUGUGCAAAGGCUCGCCGGACUUAGGGUUUGUUUCCUAAGUGGAGGCGACAACGCAGUCUGGCAGCCAGGGGCUACAAAGAGGAGUUUUGACAUGUUGAAAAAGGCAUUCCCAAACAUGAACUACGAGCGAAUUACGUGUAUCCAAGAGUUGAACACCAUGUCAAGUCUUGCGAACUCGGUUCGCCUCGGGCUACGAACACCCUACUGGUAA